GGCCUGCACUCGGGCCCAGCUCUGUGGAGCUGACGCGGGCGUUGCUCCUGCCGAGGUGGGGCUGAUGUCAAUGCUACUCCUCGCCGAUGCUCUGCGUGCGGCAGCGGUGCCCAGUUUCGCUCGGGCAGUCGCCGUGUUUUCUUUCGCUGUUGCGCUGUCCACCCAACCUGUCCGGUGUGUUCUCCAGCGCCGCCCGCCCCUCAGUAAUUUGUCUGCAAACUGUUGGUCCCACACUGCUAGCAUGUUUAACAGUCAUCAUGUUAAGUUCUACCAUAGCAAAGCUCUCACCUCCCCGUAUCCAGGAUCACAUGUUGAGCGUAGCCAAGUUCCUGAAGAUAAAGUGGGCUGGCUGAUUGAGUGGAAAGAUUAUAAGCCUGUGGAGUACACUGCAAAGUCUGUUUUGGCUGGACCCAGCUGGGCAGAUCCCCAAAUCAGUAAUAAAGGUUUUUCUCCCAAAUUCAAUGAGAGAGAUGGAGAAGUGGAGAGGAAGAGUCUAAAUGGCUUGUAUGUGGUUGAAAAUGGGAGGCCCCGAAAUCCGGUGGGAAGGACUGGCCUCACAGGCAGAGGAUUGUUAGGGCGCUGGGGACCAAACCAUGCUGCUGAUCCUGUUGUAACUAGGUGGAAGAGGGACAGAAGUGGCAAUAAA